AUCAAAUCUACCGGCCGGAAACCCUAAACCAACCCUAUUCUUCCUCUCUCUACUUGCUUUGCGAUGGCUCGCACGAAGCAGACGGCGAGGAAGUCCACCGGCGGGAAAGCACCGCGGAAGCAGCUGGCGACGAAAGCGGCGAGGAAGUCGGCGCCAGCAACUGGAGGCGUAAAGAAGCCGCAUCGAUUCCGUCCCGGCACGGUAGCGCUGCGUGAGAUCCGAAAGUACCAGAAGAGCACGGAGUUGCUGAUCCGGAAGCUGCCCUUCCAGCGCCUGGUCCGCGAGAUCGCGCAGGACUUCAAGACCGAUCUCCGCUUCCAGAGCUCCGCCGUCGCCGCUCUCCAGGAGGCCGCCGAGGCCUACCUCGUCGGCCUCUUUGAGGACACUAACCUCUGCGCCAUCCAUGCCAAGCGCGUCACCAUCAUGCCAAAGGACAUCCAGCUCGCCCGCCGCAUCCGCGGCGAGCGCGCCUAGUGCCGAUACCGGAGAUAAAAUUCGAUCGCUCCGUCUAAGUCCCUCCUCGUUCAUGUGUAUCUCAGUAGUUGUAAACUUGAUCUCAUCGUGGCAAUCUAUUUGCUUCGAUCUUUUGGUGAAUUUUGUGUCAGCGUGUCAGUAAUUGUAUGCAAUUUUCGAUCUUUUGGUGAAUUGUGUUCGCUUCUCAGUAAUUGUAUGCAAUUCUCCAUGUUACAAUUGCAGAUUUGAAA